GCUUUACAUCUCCAAUCAUACUGUACAUGUUUUUAAUGCUCCGCGGAGUUCCUGCACGCAACGAAAGCUGCAUUCAACGCUGUCCUUGACUUGCAUACGGUUCUGUAGAACCCACGAAACUAUAGGCUGUCUUUCAUCUAGGUUAGCUGGUUUGCAUGGCUAAGCCAGUGUCGGUGAGCAAGCAAACUGAAGCAGCAUGCCCUCGCCGGCGGCCCCUAGGGCAGGGCUCGCACACUUCAAUCAUCGUACAUGGUGCUAUGGCUGGGGAUUAAAGUGUUCGGGCCGCCGGCUGCACGGUCCGGCGCCCUGCCGCGGCGUGAGCCACACCAUCAUCGAGGAGCUGGUGGAUUCCCCUCGCUCGCCGUUCCACUCGCUGGGCCUCGCUGAACACCAGAAGGCGGGCGGGUACGAGCGGGCGGCUCGGCGGCAGGUGGCGCAGCUUCGGCGCCUCAAAGCCGACCCGGGGUCACUGGCGCUGGAGUGCGCGGUGGACUGGCCGAGCUUGUUUGACGACCCCACUCGGCCGCUGGUUGUGGACCUGGGCUGUGGCGCCGGCCGCUGCAUGCUCAUGGGGGCGGCCGCGUCGCAGGCGGCGGCGGCGGCACAUACAGCAGCACAGGCGGCGUCACAGACUGCGGCACAGGCGGCGUCACAGGCGGCACAGGUGACGGCACAGGCGCAGCCAGCAUGUGCAGGACAUGAAGCGGGUGGAGGGCAAGGAGCUGCAGCGAGGGCUUCGGUCGACUCCGAGAGCUCCGGCGGCCGCGGCGGCGGCGGGGCAGCGGCCCGCGUCUGUCUCGAGCCGGCGCCAGCUGCUCUUGCGGCCAAAGGCGACGAUGUCAGUGGCCUUGGCGGCGGCAGCGGCAGCGUCAGUAGCAGUGGUGGCGGCGGCGGCUGUAACUUUCUUGGGGUCGAUGUGCGGCUGGCGCUCACCAGCCGUGCCAACGCCUGGUCGGCCCUGUUGGGCUGCAGCGGCCGCGCCGCCUUCCUCUGCGCCAACGCCAACGCCUGCCUGCCGCUACUGCUGGGAUCCUACGGCCGCAGCAGCAGUGGCAGUAGUAGUAGUAGCAAUGGCAGUAGCAAUGGCAGUGGCAGUGGCAGUAGCAGCAGUGGCAGUAGCAGCAGUGGCAGUGGCAGCAACGGAAGUGGCUCGGCUCUGGCAGGGUCGGGGCACCAGGAGCGGGCACAGGGCCGGCGGCAGGGGCUGGCUGCAGGGGGGCGGGUGGCGCUAGUGUGCCUGCAGUUCAGUGACCCGGUGGCAGACCGGGGGCCGCAGGCGGGGCCAAACUGGCGGCGCGAGGCGCUGGUUGGCGGCUCCGAACUGGUUGAACAGCUGGCGGCGGCGCUGGAGCCUGGGGCUCUGGUGUGGAUCCAGUCUGACGUGCUGUCAACCGCCGCCACCUUCCGUCGCCUGUUCUGGCGCCACGGCGGCUUCGCGCCCAGCGCCCGCCACGCCGCCGCCCGCUCGGUCACCCGUACCCGCGAGUGGCUCCGCCCCGACGCCACCGGUGACGCCUCCGGUUCCCCAUCCGGUCCAGCGACUGGGACAGGCGCAGCAAUUUUUCUGGAUGAAGGCCGCUCGGCAGAUGACGCUGCGGGUGCUGGUGCUGGGUUUUCAGGCAUGGCGCUCGGGCGGCUACCAGCAGCACCGCUGCUGCCCUCACGGCCGCAGUCACAGCCGCCCUGGCCGCUACAGCUGCAUUCUGAGCUGCAGCCGCAUUCUGGGCUGCAGCCUUCACAGCGGCUGCCGCUGCUGCUGACCGGGACAGACCUGGCGACACACGCGGAGCCGUGGCUGACGGGGCAGCAGGUUGCGGAGGUGUCGGCGUGCCACCGGCUGGCACGCAUCCGAGCCCCCAGCGGCAGUAGUAGCAGCACCACCACAGCGGCACCCAACGGCAGUAGCAGCAGCAGCACCACAGCCGCGGAGGCGGAGGCAGGGCCCGAGGCAGCGCUACACGGAGACGGGGAAGCGGGCGAGGACGGCUGGUGCGACUUGCCGUGGCUGGAUUCGAACCCGUUGGGUGUGCCGACCGAGAGAGAGCUGUAUGUGGAGCGGGGGUGCCGGGACAUCUACCGGCUGUUGUUGGUGCGGCGAUGAGGCUGUCCGUGCGCACGUGAGGCGAGAUUGAUUGUCUGAGGGCUUACUGGUUGGCCGGCACAGUGUGGUGAGGAAGAUGCGAUGGAUCA